AUGGUGAUCUUCAACGGGACGCUGCGGAUCCGCAUCCGGGAGGCGCUGGACCUCAAGCCGACGGCCUGGUCCCUGCGUCACGCCGUCGGCCCCAAGACCCAGAGCUUCCUGCUGGACACGUACAUCGCGCUGAACGUGGACGACUCGCGCGUGGGCCAGACGUCCACCAAGCAGAAGACCAACAGCCCCGCCUGGAACGACGAGUUCACCGCGGAGGUGCGCGGCGGCCGCGGCAUCGAGCUGUCGGUGUUCCACGACGCGCCGAUCGGCUGCGACGACUUCGUGGCCAACUGCGUCAUCCGCUUCGAGGACAUCCUGCACCGCGGGAGCAAGCACUUCGAGGACUGGAUUGACCUGGAGCCAGAGGGGAAGGUGUACGUGGUUAUUGACCUCUCGGGAUCUUCCAGUGAAGCGGGCUCCACCGACAAUGAGGAGCGCGUGUUCCGGCAGCGGAUGGGUCCCAGGAAGCGGCAGGGCGCCGUCCGCCGGAGGGUCCACCAGGUCAACGGCCACAAGUUCAUGGCCACCUUCCUGAGGCAGCCCACCUACUGCUCCCACUGCAGGGACUUCAUCUGGGGCGUCUUAGGCAAGCAGGGCUACCAGUGUCAAGUGUGUACCUGCGUGGUCCACAAGCGCUGCCACGAGCUGAUCAUUACCAAGUGUGCGGGGAUGAAGAAGCAGGAGGACACAGUGGAGGAGCAAGUCGGCUCCCAGAGGUUCAGCGUCAACGUGCCGCACAAGUUCAGCAUCCACAACUUUAAAGUUCUCACCUUCUGCGACCACUGUGGGUCUCUGCUGUGGGGUCUGCUGCGACAGGGACUCCAGUGCAAAGUGUGCAAAGUGAACGUACACAGGCGCUGCGAGAGUAACGAGUGUCCCUUUUGCGGCGUGGACGCCCAGGAGGAAUCGCCAAAGUCCUCUCCCGACCUGGGAGUCACACCGGACAAGAUCUCCAACAGCGGCCACAGGCGGAAAAAGCUCCCUCAGGGUCAGGAGCCCCAGCAGACGUUAGCGGGGACGCCUGAGACCCAAGGCGAUCGCUGCAGGUCCGCCCCCACCUCGCCAUGUGACCAGGACGCGAAGGAGCUGGAGAACAUCCGGAAGGCUCUGUCCUUCGGGGAGGAGCAGAAAACGCCGCACGCCCUCUCCUCCCCCUCGUCCGAUGGCGCGGUGGCGGGGGACGGCGAGGGAGGCCGGGCGAACGGAGAGGUCGGGGGUCACACCGCGCCCCAAACCCGCAGGGUGAAUUUGCCCGACUUUGUGUUCAUCAAAGUUCUGGGGAAAGGGAGCUUCGGGAAGGUGAUGCUGGCGGAGCUGAAAGGCAGCGACGAGGUUUACGCCGUCAAGGUGCUGAAGAAGGACGUGAUCCUGCAGGACGACGACGUGGACUGCACCCUGACGGAGAAGCGCAUCCUGGCCCUGGCCAGACAGCACCCGUACCUGACGCAGCUCUUCUGCUGCUUCCAGACCAAAGACCGGCUGUUCUUCGUGAUGGAGUACGUCAACGGAGGCGACCUCAUGUUUCAGAUUCAGCGAUCGAGGAAGUUCGACGAGGCGAGAUCUCGCUUUUACGCCGCCGAGGUCACGUCCGCCCUGAUGUUCCUGCACCGGCAUGGGGUCAUAUACAGGGACCUGAAGCUGGACAACAUCCUGCUGGACGAGGAGGGUCACUGCAAGCUGGCAGACUUCGGCAUGUGCAAAGAGGGCAUCCUCGACGGAGUGAGCACCACCACCUUCUGCGGGACGCCAGACUACAUCGCACCUGAGAUCCUCCAAGAGCUGGACUACGGCCCGUCGGUGGACUGGUGGGCUCUGGGGGUGCUGAUGUACGAGAUGAUGGCGGGUCAGCCUCCGUUCGAAGCCGACAACGAGGACGACCUGUUCGAGUCCAUCCUCCACGACGACGUCCUGUAUCCCGUCUGGCUCAGCAAGGAGGCCGUGUCCAUCCUCAAAGCGUUCAUGACCAAGAGUCCUAGCAAGCGUCUGGGCUGUGUGCUGGCUCAGGGUCUGGAGGAGGCCAUCAAGCUCCACGUGUUCUUCAGAGAAAUCGACUGGACGCUGCUGGAGCAGAGGAAGCUCCGACCCCCCUUCAAACCACGCAUCAAAACCAAACGGGACGUGAAUAACUUCGACCAGGACUUCACGCGAGAAGAACCCAACCUGACGCCGGUGGAGGACAGCAUCAUCAAGCAGAUCAACCAAGACGACUUUAAAGGCUUCUCCUACUUUGGAGACGAGGCUGUGGCCUAGACGCACACGCGCAGACACACACACACACACACACACGGAUGAUUGGCACAUUCAUACACACCGUCAUACCUAAAAUCUUUGAGCAAAGAUAUAACAUUUGAAGAAACACAUGGCCUGAGACCUCAUGAACUUGUCCAGAGUCUGACCUCUCCAGGAAGUAUACCAGACCAUGGGCGUCUCGGUCCUCACGGUUCCUGAGCUCUUGUUGUUGUGCUCCUUCGUGCAUAUUCCAUAAACGCUCACGCAGCAUGCCGAAGGAAGUGCACCUCAUCUCGGUCCGGACGGAUCUCCACAGCAGCGUUUUUUUCCCAGAGGCGCCUUUAGAAGAAGACAGAUGGGCAAGGUCCCGGCCUGCGAGUGUGUCCGUGUGUGUGUGCGUGUGUGUGUGUGUGUGUGAGAUAACGUGAGUGCAGGUGUGCAUGCAUGCAUAGUUGCAUACUGUACCUCCAGAAAGAGCAGGACUGUCAUUUCUGUACAUGAUGUGCUGUAUCCUGUGUCUAUCUCCGUGUUUAAAGAAUGUUUUUCUUCUUCCCUAAACUUGUAUGUGAGUGGAUAAAUAUACAUAUAUAUGAAUAUGUUGAACCAAUGAUUGUAUUUAAAGAAAAUGGUCUUGAAAGACUGUAUUCAGAGAAAUCAGCGUUAUGUUUUAAAUCUGACAAGCCGGCUGUCUUCAUGUUAUUGGAGAGUACAUCGACUUCCCCUCCUUCACAGGAACCAAGCGGCACCGUUAGCCGCCAGCUAACAGGCUAACGGGAGCCUUGUUUCCCGCUGCAGUGAGACACACUCGCAGCCUCCACGAGCUGUUUUCUACACCACUCGAUUUGUCCAAUGAGGACAAAUAAAGACAUGUCAAAAAGUCCUGGUCACUUAAACUGCACCUUCCUGAGCAAAAUGCCUCCUGGUCAACUCCUCAAAUCCUUCCACGCCCACUUGAUGGUUGAAACGCAGUGUGUGUGUGUGUGUGUGUGUGUGUGGUCAUGUGCCCGGGUCGCACACAGAGAGGACAGUGUGCAACUGAAGGUGUUUGCUCGGCGUGUGCCCGUGUGUGUGCGUUCAUAAGUGGAGAGCCCGUUUUGCGUUUUUGGAUUUAAAACACCUUUUCGUUCAUGUUGUUGUUGUUGUCGUUUUUUGACCCGGUCUUCUAAGUUGAUGACAUGUUGGAAAUCUCUCAGAAACUCCUCACGUGCUCCUCCAGGACACGGGUGUCAAAUGGGACGGUGUUCAGACGUGUUGAUCCGAGUCAUUUUAAUCCACGUGCCAUAAUGUGGCGUCGUUCACAGACAGGUACACGGGAGGCCGCUUCAGUUUAAGGCCGUCGACACUGAAGCAGAGAUGAAUGAGACGCGUCACACACACUGCACAUUCAGUUUUACUGGCAACCUUUAAAACACAAUGUCUCUUCUUCUUUUUCUUCCUUUUAAAAAACAACAACAAUUUGUUCCCCAACGGCCCUGUUCUUCCCAGAAGUCCUCCACGCUAAACGCCAAAUCAGUCCCGUUUGUAGAGAAUAAACGACUCAUGCAGGAAGUUCCUCUUCCAGCUGCGGCCUGAGGUCGCUCUCAAACAACGCAGACAGUAUUACGAUUUAACCUCCAGCAUCGAACGUUCAUCUUCCUGUGGCUCAUACGCACGUGUCGCUGUAUGUACAUGUUGGUGUUUGGUUGCCGUCCCUGUGUUUGUGAAGCUCCGAUGUACUCUGGUGGUUUUUUUUCCAUGUGCUUCACUCGGGUUUAUGUCGGAUUUCUUCUUUUUUUUUUUUUAACGCUGCGUGCCAAAUGUACUGUAUCUUAACAGGAUGUGAAGAUGUAUUUUAAUUUGUGAAACACAUUAAUUAUCAUGAUAUGAUGACGAA